GCACAUCGGUGUGAUAUCUGAUAGAGGUAUAAUUUGAAUACGGAUGGUGGGGGCUCGAACGGUUGUGAUUGGCUGUUUUCCUUCCACUAGCCCUGCCAGUUGCAUAUUACUAACAUGAUUUUGCUGACUUAACAUAAGAAUAUUCUGGGCUGGCUGAGGUUCUACUCAGCUUGCAGCGAGCUGUUCCCCUGCCUUUCAACAGUCUCUGGGUUGAAUUCCCGCGGCUUGCAUGCAAGUACGGUCUGUUCGUCCAUACCAAACGGGGCCGAAGUUCUGGAUCUUGUGCAUUGAAUCCAUCGUCAAAUUUCUUGAUAUCAAUAUUUUCAGAAAGAUGAUGGCAUUCGGAUUUUCGGCGACAGAGAAGAUUCUUCGGGUGGAGAUGCGCAUGUAAUGGGCAAGGUUAAGGCAUACAGGCCCUUUGAAUUUACUACUUCUACGGUCUCACCGUAGCAUUUCACUACAUCACGUCUGAAUCCAUGCAUGUUUCCAUUCAACUUCCGAGGUGGGAGGGCUCAUGGGGGUCAAAGAAAGAUCGUUUUGCAAACAACAACGAGCAUACUCCGAUACUUGCCUUCUUUGCCACCCCUCUCGCUGUCGCUAGUCAUGCUGUCAUCACUUCUCGUAAAGUUUCAACGUCCUGAUGUUGCAAUGAGGGGGUUAGCAUGCAUAUUUUUCCAGGGUUCUACGACCUAAGAGUUCACUUAGGUCAUGAGAGCCGUGGAAAUCGGAGCUUAAUAAUCAGCCUACGUUGAUAAAAAUCCUUUCAUACUACCAUACAGGGAAAGCGAGGUUAGGGAUGUUUGCUCCCCCAUAUUUUGAUUCGGAUUGCAGCGGGCAAGCAUCGGGUCUGAUCGAUUAAGACGCCCGCGAGGUCAAAAAAUUGGAAGACGUCACAGACUUCACAUGGUGAAGGCUUCAUCUAUUAUAGAGAUAUAAAGCAACAGUAUUUUCCAUCCUCAACUGGUCACUUCAUCAUCCACCUUCAACAAUUUAAUCACACCUCUUAAUCACAUAGCUCUAACUUUCAGUCCUCCAUCCCAAUAUCAUAUAGCUAAUUUCGAUUUUGAAUACUCAAAAUGGUCGUCCUAACUGAUAAUCACUUCGACUUCAUUGUCGUUGGAGGUGGAACUGGAGGCAACACAGUUGCCGGCCGUCUUGCUGAGAACCCCAACGUGAAAGUCCUGAUCAUCGAAGCCGGACCCGGACACAACAAAGACAUCCCCGAGAUCCAGACUCCAGCACGAGCUUUCGAGCUCCGUGGAAGCCAAUAUGACUGGGCUUAUAAAACUACCAUGAUCGACCGCGAAGAUUACACCCGAGUAGAAAAGCCCAACACUCGUGGGAAGGUCCUAGGAGGUAGUAGUGCUCUUAACUACUACACCUGGAUUCGAGGUAGCAAAGCUACUUUUGACGAUUGGGAGGAAUAUGGUGGUCAAAGCUGGACUUGGGAUAACUGCAAGGAGUAUUUUGACAAGCCAGCCAAUUACCACGAUGAUAGUCGUCUGUAUAAUCCAGAUUUGGCGAAACACGGUCGUAAUGGUCCACUUGAUGUUGCCAUUUCUGACAUGGUGCCUGAGCUCGAGCCAUUCCGUAAAGCAUUGUCUAGCGCGUGGGUCAGCAAGGGAGGAAUCCUUAAUGACGAGAUCUACGAUGGAGAAAUGCACGGAUUGGCUCGUUGCAUGAAUACUAUUUACAAAGGUGUACGCUCUACAUCUGCCCUCUUCCUCGAAGGAAAACCAAACAUCACUAUUCUCGGCCACACCCACGCCAAACAAAUUCUCAUUGAAGAUGGAGCCGCAACCGGAGUCGUAGUAAUUACAGCUGAAGGCAACGAACUGACCAUUCGAGCCAAGAAGGAAAUCAUCGUCUCAUCUGGCGUAUAUGAAACUCCUAAACUCCUCAUGUUAUCUGGAAUCGGUCCAGUCGAAGAUCUUGCCCCUCAUGGAAUCGACGUCAGGGUCGAAUCGCAACACGUUGGAAAGAAUCUUCUCGACCACCCCAUCAUGCCCCACGUUUUCAGACUCAAAGACGGCCUAGGACUCGAAGAUCAUCUCCUACGAGCCGGUCCCCAACACGAUGGUGCUAUCAGCGCCUACCGAAAGAACAAGAGUGGUCCAUACAGUAGUGGUCUUCUCGAACUCGUUGGUCUGCCUCGUAUCGACGAAUAUCUUGCGACAAGCAAAGAGUACGUCGCUGCCAAAAAAGCCAACAAUGACAUCGACCCCUUUGGACCAGGCGGCCAACCACAUUUUGAGAUCGAUUUCGUGCCCAUGUUUAGCGAUGCCUUCCAAUGGCACAUUCCUACACCACCUACGGGAUCCUGGCUUACCGUUAUCGUUGAUCUACUCCGUCCUCUCUCGCGCAAUGGCUAUGUAAAACUCAAUUCUACCAAUCCACUUGAGCAGCCAAUCAUCAACCUCAACUUCUUCUCCAACGAUUUGGACCUCGUCGCUCUGCGUGAAGGAUGUCGAUAUGUGGAUGAUAUCCUAAUGAACGGCGACGGAAUGAAAGAUAUCAUAGGGGAAGAUUAUCCAUGGCCCAUGCCCAGAAAUAGCGAUGAGGCUAUGAAUAAGAUGAUUUUAGAGAGAAGUCAGACUGGAUUCCAUCCCUGCGGAACUGCCCGCCUCGGGAAAUCCAUCGAGCAAGGUGUCGUUGAUUCCGAACUUAGGGUGUUCGGUGUCAAGAAUCUUCGUAUCACUGAUGCAUCCGUCUUCCCCGUCAUUCCAGAUUGCCGAAUUCAGAAUGCUGUUUACAUGGUUGCUGAAAGAGGUGCUGAUUUUAUCAAGGCUGCUCAUCCGGAUCUAUACCAGUAGUCGUUUUUCUUUUGGACACAUGUGAGAGUGAAGGAGUCAGGUGAUACGACUGGGGAACACAAAAUGCUACGAUGAAAUGUGAUGGUAGAUGUAGUUGGUCAACUAACCUUUAAUUGGAUUUCCACAUCAUUUUCAAAUUU